GGGCUACUUUUGCCAGAGCUUGGUACCUCCUUGAUGCGAAGAUGCAGCCACCAGGAAAAAUAGCAGCUGCGACUGUAGUCAGACUUGAAGGCAGGCAUAAGCCGAUUUAUCAUGCACUAAAUGACUGUGGAGAUCACGUUGUCAUAAUAAAUACGAGACAUAUUGCCUUCUCUGGUAACAAAUGGGAACAGAAAGUAUAUUCUUCACAUACUGGCUAUCCUGGUGGUUUCAAACAAGUGACAGCGACCCAGCUCCAUUUGAAGGAUCCAACUGCUAUUGUUAAACUGACUGUUUAUAGAAUGCUUCCAAAAAACCUUCAGAGAAGAACUCUGAUGCAGAGGCUGCACCUUUUCCCAGAAGAUGUUAUUCCAGAAGAUAUACAGAAGAAUCUUCUACAAGAGAUUCCUCAGCCACGUGCAGUCCCCAGGAGGUUAGAUGAAUAUACACCAGAAGAAAUUGCUGCCUUUCCAAAGGUUUGGACUCCGUAA